AUGGUGAUCACAAGUGUGACGCCACUUAUAAAUAUAUUUUUUUUUAUAUGUCUAACGAAUGGAUGUCAGUGUGUUAUUUAUUCUAAUACACAAAAAUUAGAUAAGGAAUGUAGUUAUAGUGGAGAUGGGUGUGAUUAUAUAUUAUAUGGUGAUUGGGAAACAAAGUUUCAAGGGAAUGACAUUCUUUCAUUUGGUAACUUAUUUGUUUAUUCAAGUGUAACAAUAACAUCACAAUAUUUUAUGACUUUUACAUCACUUCAACUUAAUUCAAAUGUUUUAUUAACAGUGAAUGGAAAUAUACAAAUUAAAGGUACAAUAACAAUUAAUAAAGGAGCAAAAAUUAUUGCGAAUGGACAGUGGCAUUUACUUGGUUCAAUGGUUAUUUAUCCAAAUAAUGAUAAUAUUCCAUUAUUCGAAGGAUGGAGAUGUAAUAAUUUACAACUAGAUAAAAAAAUGUUUAAUAUUAUUAUUCCAACUUCAUUUAAUGGAUGUAUUGAUAUAUUUUCAUUAAUGGAUUCAUCUGUAUUAAAUAAUGAUUCAAGUUCAAAUGAUUACAAAUCAACCGAUUUUCCAAUUCUUGGAAAUACUCUUCAAUUAGUUAGUAAUCAACGUCUUAUUAGAUAUUGUUCUUCUUCAAUUUCAUUUGAUUAUUCAGUUAAAUGUCAUAUGAAUGGAACAAUAUAUAAAUCAUCAUUAUCUUUAUCAGAUUAUUCAUAUCCAUUUACUUUUCCUCAUUGUCCAUGUGAAGAAUUAAAUAAAGAAUGUUCAUUGAUAAUAGACGUUGAUUAUGCUAAUUUUCAAUUUAUAAAUUUACCAAAUACAAAUAUUUAUUCAUCACAUUCUUUAAUUAUUCUUUCAUUAAUAAAAAUUAAAGAAUUAUAUUUCUAUUGUAUUAAAUGUUCUAUUAAAAUUCAAAUAAUUAAAGAAUGUAAUUUUAUUCAGUUUGGCAAUAAAUUGCAAUUAUCUGAUUUAUAUUCUUCAAAUUUUUUAAAUGUUAAAUUUACUUACAAUUAUACUUCACUCAUUAACACAAUAAGUAUUGAUAAUUUUUUUAAGAGAGGACAAGCAACACUGACUAUUUCUGAUAAUGCAGUUGUUGAAUCAAUUCUUUCUUUAAAUAAUAUUAAUUUAACAAUUGAGUCAUUAAAAGAAGUUAUAAUUUUAAUCCAAUCAAUUAAUUCUUCAAUUAAAUCGAUAUCUGGAAGAUAUGUUCUUAUUACAAAUACUGCUAUGAUUAUUAAUCAAAAUCAAUCAAUAAAUAAUUGUCAUGUCAUUGAAUGUAUCAAUGAAAUUUGUUAUUGUCUUAUUUGCUUUGAAAAAUAUAAAUUAAUGAAUAAAACAUGUAUUGAGGAAGGCGUCAUUCCUUCAGGACUUGAUUUAGUUCAAAGCAUUUAUUCUAAUUGUAUAUGGGAUCUUUUUAAUGUAAAAACGAAUGAAAGAGUUUGUAUAUUAUGUGAUCCUGGGUAUAUUCUUCAUGAAGGGAAUUGUUUAAUAGAAUCAGACUGUUUAGUUGCUAUUGUUAAUAGAUGUGUUCAAUGUUCUUUUGGGUAUUUAAAUACAUCAUUUAAAUGUCAAGAAUGUAAUGACAAUAACUGUGAAUUUUGUACAAAUACAAAAUGUUUAGAAUGUUUAUUUCAUUCUUAUAUUAAUCAAGAAGAAUGUGUUUUUGAUUCAAAUAAAAAAAAUAAAUUUGAAUGUAAAGAUGGUUAUUAUUUAUCAUUUAAUAAAUGUAUUUCUUGUUUAUCUUUUGACUCUCAUUGUAUUUUAUGUGAGAAAGAAAGAUGUAAGAGAUGUGAAAAUGGAUAUUUUAUUAGUGAUGGAAAAUGUGUAUUAGAACAAAAUUGUAAUGUAAUACAAAAUGGUAUAUGUCAAGGAUGUAAUGGAAAUAAAAUACUUGAUAUUAAUCAUCAUUGUGUUGAACCAAUUAAUAAUUGUAUUUUAUAUAAUGGAAAUGAAUGUAUUAAAUGUGAGGAUUUAAUGUAUUUUGAUGGAAUUUCAUGUGCACUUAGAGAUGAACAUUGCCAACAAUAUUAUCAAGGAAUGCCAUGUAGAAGAUGUAAAGAUACAUAUUAUCUAACAAAACAAAAUACUUGUCAUAUUUGUGAAAAAUGUCAAACGUGUUCAUCAGAAAAUUAUUGUUUAACAUGUAAUUCUACUUCAUUUUUAUCAAAUCGUAAAUGUAGGUCCAAUAAUGAAUUAAUUGGAAAAUGUAAUAUUUUUACUCCUAUUGGUGGAUGUUCAUUAUGUAAAGAUGGUUAUUUUUUAAAUGAAUUUGAUUGUAUCAAAUGUCCUAUUGAAUGUAAAACAUGUUUUUAUGAACAAUGUUUAACAUGUGCUGAUGAUUAUUAUCAACAUUAUAAUGGAAGUUGUUUAUCAAAAAAUACAUUACAAGGAUGUGCAGUAGAAAUUACUCAAUUUGGUUGUACACAAUGUAAAGAUGGAUUUUUUCAUGAUGUUAAUACAUGUGAACAAUGUAAUGGAACAUGUCGUACAUGUAAUGAAUAUAAUGAGUGUACUUCUUGUAAUGAAGAGUUGGUAUUUAGCAGAUCAAGAUGUAUUUCAUUAGAAGGAAUUGAUCAUUGUAAAAUUAUUCUUCAAUCAAAAUGUCAAAAAUGUUCUUUUUGGUAUCGUCCUAGUGAUGAUGGAACUUAUUGUUCAUCUUAUAUAGUAUGGUGGUUGGUUAUGUUAAUGAUCAUAUUCAUCUUUUGUAUCUUUGUGGUUACAUUAAUAUUUUUUUAUUGUAUUAUUAAUAGAUAUCAACAUUUUCUUGUUCAACAUCAUCAACAUCUUCAUUGUACUAUAUUUAAAAUAAAAGAGAGUUCAAUAAAUUUUAAGUAUAGAAUUAAUAAAUGGAUUCAAUGUAACUGUGAUAUUCUUUUGUUAGAAGGUCAUGAUAUUGUAAUUAAAGUACAACAACCAUGUGUAUCAUAUUUCUACCUAGGAAAUUUUAGUUCAUCUUUAAUUAAGAUUCAGAUUGUAUUAAAUAAAAAGAAUGGAAAGUUUUUGAUUAAAAUAGAUCCUGCUAUCAUCUUAUUGAAAAAAGGUGAGGCAUGUAAAUUUAAACUAACAGUUACUCCAUUAUGUAGUUCUAAAUUAAAUAAUAAAAUAACUAUUGUUUGUCAAUCAAUUAAUAGUGGUAAAGAAGAAGUAGGAUAUCUUAAAUUUAAAGGAGAAACAGAAAUUACAACAAAAUUAGAUAUAGACGAAAUUAUCUUUGACAAUAAAAUUGGAGAAGGGACUAGUGGAAUUGUUUUUAAAGGAAGAUUUAGGGAACAUAUAGUUGCUAUUAAAGACAUGAAAGAUAGGUCAUAUAAUAUAAAAAUUAAAGAAGAAUUUGAGAAAGAAGUUUCAAUGUUAGAUAAAUUUCGAAGUGAUUAUAUUAUUUAUUUCUAUGGAUCAGUUUUAUUUAAAAAUAAAAGGUAUUUAAUUACUGAAUAUGCAGAACAUGGAAGUAUUAGAACUUUGUUUAGUCUAAAAAAGGAAACUAUUCCUAUUAAAUUACGAAUUAAAUUUAUGAUAGAUGCUGCUAAUGGAAUUCAAUAUCUUCACGUAAAUGGAAUAUUACAUAGAGACAUUAAACCAGAUAAUAUUCUUGUUUUGUUUCUAUCUGAAGAUGUUCAAAUUAAUUGUAAAUUAACAGACUUUGGAAGUUCAAGAAAUAUAAAUACACUAAUGACAAAUAUGACAUUCACAAAAGGAAUAGGAACACCUGUUUAUAUGGCACCAGAAUUAUUAACUAAAGAAUAUUAUAAAAAAGAAGCUGACAUUUAUUCAUUUGCAAUUACAAUGUAUGAAUGUUUUAAGUGGGGUGAUGCUUAUGACAAAGAAAAAUUUGUAUAUAUAUGGAACAUUGCUGAAUUUGUUAUUUCUGGUAAAAGACUACAACAAGUUAAUGAAAUACCAGACUCAGUAUACAAACUUAUUUGUGACUGUUGGAAACAAAAUCCUAAAGACCGUUUAGUCAUAGAGCAAGUACUUGAUCGCUUACAAUUAUUGUAUAAAGUGAAAUGA